AUGCCGGCUUCUAGUCUUCUCGACAGUCUCAACAGAGAUGGUUUCGCUCUCGUUCCUUCGAUCCUUACGGAGGAACAGCUCACGAAGCUCCGGGACGCCACCCAGCAAGCCACAGCGCUGGCCCGGGCUGGCAAAUGGCCGAAUGUCCGGACUCUUCCGAAACAGUUCCCUCCGUGGCCUGUUGCUACACCCGAAGCACCGCCCGAAGGCAUCUGGGGAGUGCAGGGCAUGAUGCACCCAGACAUGCCCAAUAGCGAUGUUUUCAUUCAAGCCUACUUCUCGGAUGCCGUCAUCGAACCCACAAAGCGGCUGCUGCAAUGCACCGAUGAUGAUCUUGUCAUGGAACUGUUCAAUCUACUUGUCCGUCCGGACCAAGACUUCGAGCUUCGAUGGCAUAGAGACGACAUUCCGGCGACGGCUACUGCUGAAGAGGAGAUGGAUCGCCUGAACCAGCCCGCAUACUCGGCGCAGUGGAACUUGGCCCUUUACGACGACAACAGCCUCAUCGUCGUUCCGGGUUCCCACACCAGAGCCAGAACGGACGUGGAGCGCAAUGCAGAUCCGUAUGAGCAGGAAAUUCCCAACCAACUAUUCGUUGAGUUGAAGGCGGGCGACAUAGUCUUCUACAACAACAACAUCCUGCACCGCGGCGCGUACGUUGCCAGCAGGGAGCGCAUGACGCUGCAUGGAAGCAUGGGCCAUAUUAAGGGCAGCACCCUGCGAGCACGCAAUGUCCUCCAACACGGCCUCAAGGGUUGGGUGGAUAAGAUCGACUUGGGUGUGCUAGGUGAGAAGGAAAGGAAGAGAGCAGAGAACAUGCGGAGAAUGCUUGUCAAGAUGGGACAAGAAGCGGGGGAAGUGGGAUACUCUCUUGAGCACUGCGACCUCUCGUCUGACCGCGACAACGGCAAGGACUUUUACGACGGCCUCCUCGACAUCACCCACGCCGAGUUUCCAAGGACAAGAGUCUUGGAGUUUGCCGCGGGCCUGGCGGUGUGUCAUAACCGAGCGGUGAAUUGCGUGAAUUGCGGGAGUCUUGGUCAUGGGUUGUCGGCGCUUAGCUCUGUUCCCGUGACAAAGGGUCCUAAGACCGUUUCGAUCCCGCGGACGGACAAUAAGAAGCGUUUCCGGCGUCGAGAUAUUCUGGAACGCCAAACAACGUCGUUCUUCUGGAAUCAGUAG